GCAGGCAAGUAAGGCAGGCAGGCAGCAACCUAGCUAGCCUCUAGUCUAUUUCGACGACACCGAACGAGACAGCAGCAACGAACGACACCAACCACGAUGCUCACGGCCCACCACCAACUGUACCAGCAGCACCGCCACUCGAGGUCGAGCUCGUCCGCUGGCGCGACGCCCGCCCGCAAGCGCGCGGCGCCCUCCCCGCUGCAGCCGCUGGCCGCGCUGCUGGAGCAGCUCUCGCUACGCGUGGCCGCCGUGCGCCGCUCCAAGCGCGACGUGCGCUACGAGCUCGUGGUGGAGCACGCCGCCUCGCAGACCCGCUGGCGCAAGGCGCGCUCCUUCGACGAGUACAAGGCCUUCCAGGCGCGGCUGCUGGCGGCGCUGCGCCUCGGCCACUUCUGCCAGGCCGAGUGCCCGUGGCUCUACACGUUCGUCAAGAGCUACUUCCCGGGCUCCGCGACGCUCUUCGGGCUGGGCGGCCACAGCGACUGCGCCGUCGAGAAGCGGCGCGACGCGCUGGAGCACGUGCUGACGUCGCUGCAGAGGUUCGUGGUGAACCGCCAGAACGCGGCGGCGUGCUCUGUCGUGGCCGGCAGCGUGACGCAGUUGGUGGCGGACUUCGUGCUGGGCGACGUGAGUGACAAGCGCCACCCGCUGAACGGACUGUGCGGGUGUGGCAGCAGCAGCGGCAGCCUCGGCAGCCUGCGCGACAGCGUGUGCUCGUCCAUGUCGGUGACGUCGGACGAGGGCGACGAGCUGGCGGACGAGGCGGCGGACGCUGGCGUGUGCACGCUGUGCAACUCGAGUCUGGACGGCGAGGCGUUCGGUGCCUCGUCGUCGCCAUCCGAGACGGACAGCUUCCACAGCUCGUCAAGCCGCCGCAGCAGUGUGAUGAGCUACGCGACGACGCUGUCGUGUGGCCACCAGUUCCACGACGAGUGCAUCGUGUCCAAGCUGAACGAGGAGAUGCGGUGCCCCACGUGCCACGCGGAGGUCGACUCGUUCUGAGCGAGCUUACCGACUUAUUUAUUCAUGUACAGCGCAUGCUGAGGCUACCUCAACGAUAAUAUGAAGUAAUGACAUCGUCU